AUGGGUGCCUCAGAGUCGAAGUUGGUCUUCAAGCAGGGCAUCUUCAGGUUGUCCGAGGAGAGGAAUAUCCCGGCCAAUGACCCUUACUGGACAGGUUUCUGGGAACUGCCUGAAUCGGUCGAGGACGUCUUCAGCCUCUUUACCCAUGCGGAUGUUCGCCGGACCCGAGACGCUGCGCUUGAGAACCUGGAAACCCUCAUUCUCGCCGUGACAUCGCGACUCAACAUCCUGAAAAACCAUCCAUCGUUUCCAGACCCGGAUUUGGCUCCAGAGAGAGAUGCUCUCAAUUGCAUCCGCGUCCUCACCCGCUUGCUUCCAUACGUGUACGAAGCAGACCAGCUGGCAGAAUGGGAGGAGACGUUCUUUUGGGGAAUGCGCCGUCGCAGAACGAGAAGAGCGCAGGUUUCGGGCGAGGUGUUGUUUGACGAACAUCAAGGUGACAACGACGACGAGACCCAGGACAACCAGGAGCCGGAAUUUGAGGCUGCGAAACCGCUGGCAGAAGAACUGAUCGACACCUUGACCGACCUGCUCUUUUACGCCGGCUUCACAAUCCCUGAUCUGCCACAGGCAAAGAGCAAGGUGACGUAUUCUAUCUGGCAGAGCGGCAUCGGCUGCAAAUCGUCCAUCCCGACCAACAAAGAACUCGACAACAACCGAUGUGAAGUCUUGAGGCUGCUCUUGACAUUGACCAGCAAGGCCAUGUACAUACCAGCUGCGCUCCUACCUGUCCAAGGCAUCAAAGCCAUUACUUAUAUGGCGACGUGCCCAGACAAACAGGUAGUCUUGUCGGUCCUGUGCUCUUUGAUGAACACGGCAAUCAAGUCGAAUGUCACAUCGUGGCGACUCCCCUAUGACCAUGUCGUCCGCCGAGACUCGAAGCAGACGCUGGUGGUAUACAGCUUGGAACUCCUUCUUGUCCUUCUGCUGUAUCCAGUCCCGGAAGAUGCACAUGGCGCGGUGCCGAAAAACUUCUAUCGCCACUUUCUUGGUCGCCUGCACAGACCAGAGGAUUUCCAAUUCCUGGCGGAUGGCAUGACCCAAGUCCUGAGUCAGCCCAUGCAAGCCACGGCCUCGUACCUACCGGGAAGUCAAAAGUCGGUCAAAUGGGCUCCUGAAAUGAUCAUGUUGUUCUGGGAAGUGCUCCAAUGCAACAAGAGAUUCCGGUCCUUCAUAAUCGAGUCCAACCGUGCUCACGACUUCAUCAUCCUCAUGCUUUUCUACGCCAUCGAGCACAAAACGGAUGUCUCCAAGCAAGGCAUCGUGCGUAUGUGCGUGUUUGUCCUUCAAACCAUGAGCGUGGAGCCAAGUUUUGGGAACAAUCUCAACAAGAAAUUCGAAGCCCAGGACACUCUUCCGCCGUCGAUUCGAUUGAACAACUUUCGAGGGACGUACGCUGAUUUCCUCAUCGUAUCCAUCCACACGUUGAUCACGGGCAGUAAAGGCAAGCUGGAAGCGGUGUAUCCAGCACUACUGGCUGUCAUUAACAACAUGGCGGCUUACGUGCAGAAUCUGUCCUUGGCGACCAGUAGUCGACUGGUACAGCUCCUUUCGUCAAUGGCCUCGCCCAGUUUUCUACUUGCAAAUGAAACCAACCAUCUGCUUCUGCAUGCUCUUCUUGAGUCGAUCAACGCCAUGAUUGAGCAUCAGUACACCUCAAACGCCAAUCUGGUCUACGCUGUCUGGCGAGCAAGAAAACGAAUUUUGGCCCUGAGGGAGUUGACUUUGGAGGGCGGUCAUGCUGAGAUUGAGCGAGCGGCGAGACGUCGCAAGGAGGCUGCUCUCAGCGACGUGAGCAAUAACCUCUCCAGGUCUUCUACGACGGACACUGUCACAUCGCCAACUCGGGCUGCCCCAACAUCUCCUAGUCCAGAUGAGGGGGUGGAUGGCACGUUCGCCAUUGGUGACUCGGACGACUCGGACAAUGAAGUGGUACCGACGCCAUCACAGUCGACACAGUCGAUGCGGACCUCACGAACUCCUUCUAUAGCGUCGUCCUCCGUAGCUGACGACAGCGUUCCUAUCCAACUUCAUGGCAUGUCCGAAAAGGCCAGAGGAAAGAUGCCCGCUGGAGCACCAACGUUCUCUCGACAAAACAGCGCAGCCAGUCUUGCCACCAUAUCCAGUUACCACACCAGCCGAGGUGCCUUCACGCCCACACCUGAAUGGCUAGAGAGCUGGCUGCCCGAACUUCCUUUACAUACGCUGCUCACUGUGAUCAAGGUCCUGUCAACUCAUCCCUUGGCGUCGGAAAGAUCAGGCAUCAACGCACACGACAACAGUGCGGACUCGCCGUCGAUUCCAUCGUCUCGUCGCUCAUCUCUCGCCCACGAGGACUUCACGCUCACCGACUUUCGCAGCCAGAUUCCCUCGACGGCUAAUCAGCCGGCCAUCUCUGCCAUUCUUUCAUCUCCGAGUCCUAUCAGGGUUCAUCUGUUCGAGUGGUCCCCGCUUUCUCUGGGCUGGUACAUGUCUGUGCUCUGGUCUCUGAUUUUCACGGCGGAGAUGACCAUUGCGCCCACCUCAUCUACAGCUGCGACCUUGACCGGUGCAGGAGCCACGGCUGCACCGGUGGGGGUCUGGAACGGCACCAAUGUGAAGCUCUUCCAGGUCGCAACGGAGGGAAAGCGCGAAGGGCCGAGUCUGUCGCAGCCUCGAGGUGCCGUUGAUGCGGUGGGAUCCAGGCUGGUGCAGGGUGUGCAAGGUCUCAACCUUGGCGGCUUGGUCGGUCGAGUAGGUGGUGUAACUGGGAGGAGUGCGAGUCAAGGGCAGGGUGGAAACGGUCCGCCACGCGGUUCCGUGCGCGAGGUUUGA